AUGGUCAACUCUUGUGGUUCUGUCUGCUCUGAGCAGGAGACCUGCUGCCAGCCCAGCUGCUGCCAGACCUCCUGCUGCAGACCCACCUGCUGCAUCUCCAGCUGCUGCAAGCCCCAGUGCUGCCAGCCCUCUUGCUGCAGACCCACCUGCUGCCAACCCACUUGCUGCAGGCCCCAGUGCUGCCAGUCUGUGUGCUGCCAACCCACCUGCUGCAGGCCCCAGUGCUGCCAGUCUGUGUGCUGCCAACCCACCUGCUGCAGGCCCAGCUGCUGCCAGUCUGUGUGCUGCCAGCCCACCUGCUGCCGCCCCAGCUGCUGCAGACCCACCUGCUGCAUCUCCAGCUGCUGCAGACCCCAGGGCUGCCAGCCCACCUGUUGCAGGCCCACCUGUUGCAGACCCACCUGCUGCAUCUCCAGCUGCUGCCGCCCCUCCUGCAGUAGCUCCAGCUGCUGUACAUGA